AUGCGAGAUAUAAUUUUACAAUCUGGAAGUGAUUUAGAAAUAACAAACGUAAAAAAUGGUCUCUAUAAAAAUCAGUGGGACGAGUCAGUCAAAACCUUUAAAAUUUUUGAAGAUGAACUUUGUUUUUAUGACAACAUCCUCUUGAGAGGAAAUAAAAUUGUAAUUCCAAAUAAAUUAAGAAAACAAGUAUUAGUAGCAGCCCACGAAGGUCACCCUGGAAUCGUGUCUAUGAAGGAACGUUUAAGAGCUAAAGUCUGGUGGCCAAAGAUUGAUAAAGAUGUCGAAAUGCUGGUCAAGAGUUGCAAAGGGUGCACUCUUGUGGGACUGCCAAAUCUACCUGUACCCAUGAAACGGCGGGAACUUCCAGCAGAACCGUGGGUUGAUAUCGCGAUGGAUUUAUUGGGACCACUACCAACUAACGAUUAUCUUUUGGUAGUAAUUGACUAUUACAGCCGUUACAAAGAAAUCAAGAUAACUAAAACCAUCAACAGUGCACAAAUUAUAAAAUAUCUAAAAGAGAUAUUUAGUCGCCUUGGUUACCCAGUUUCGAUUAGUGCGGAUAAUGAGCGGCAAUUUAUAAGUGAAGAAUUUAAAAACUUCUGUGCUGAGUGUGAUAUUAAACUGUUAAAUUCAAUACCGUAUUGGCCCCAGAUGAAUGGAGAAGUAGAGCGCCAAAAUCGUGACAUAUUAAAACGACUUAGAAUCAGUCAACUUGAAAAAAAAGACUUGAAGGAGACACUGUAUGAAUAUCUGAUGAUGUAUAACUCUACUCCACAUUCAGUAACAGGGAAAUCACCAUCGGAACUUUUCUUUAAUCGUCAAAAGAGAGAUAAAAUACCUAUGUUAAAAAAUAUGAAUAGUAAAGAAGACUAUUCAGAAAUUAGGGAUCGGGAUAAACUACAAAAAGAAAAGGGUAAAGAAUAUGGAGACCGGAAGAGAAGAGCAAAAGAUUCAGAAUUUAUAGAAGGAGAUAAGGUUUAUUUAAAAAACAUGGAAAGAACAAACAAAUUAACUGCAAAUUUUAGCCCUACCCCGCACGUUGUGGAGAAAUCGGUAGGUGGUGAUAUCACUGUGAGAAAUGAAGAGACAGGACAAAGAUUACGGAGAAACGUUAUACAUUUAAAGAAAAUAGAGGGAAGCUGGAACUCUAUCCGGGACGAGACCACAUCAUCUUCGGGAGGUCUCGAAAGUAAAGAUUAUAACGAGGCAAAUUAA